AUGAGCGAUCUUUGGUGGGCCUUUACAGAUCGACUGGCGGUAUCAGGAUAUAAACUGGAGGAUUUAACGGAUAAUGACGGUUUGUUUCGGCUUGUCGCGGAGGAGUUUUGUGGGUUUACUCCCCAACAAGUGAGUGAGCUUCGGAAGCAGUGGCACAGUAUGUGCAGAGAAGCAAAGAAUGGGAUGAUGCAACCGGAAUGUGUAUCGCAAACGUCGGUGCGGACGUCUUCUCAAAACAAUGACACGUCCACACAUCAAGGUAUCUUUUGUACGUAUCCGACAAGUACGGUAUUGUCGCGUGCCAAUAGGUUUUUGUAUAAUUUGAGUGGACAUGGGGUGCCGCUCGCAUCUGCGAUGGUGACGGAGCUUCCGCUUCCACGCAAGCUAACUCAGGCCUUCCGUGGUCGAUUGGCAUUUAUGCAUAAGCCCACGGGAGAAGUAGAACUCCUGUGGAAAAUAUGCAGUCCCAUGACACUAGCCAGUAUCAAAGAAGGUCAAUCGCUGGAAAAUAUGACCGAUUGGGAUACACUUUGCCCCCGUGGUAUUGUUCUUUACCGCGACGAUGGAGCUGCAGCACAAUUUUGUGAAAAAGCGCCUGUAGAACUGGCACGCCAAGGCUGGUGCCUUGUUGCCUUUGAUGUAGCCGUGGGUAAAUCCCGUUACCUUGAAGAAGAAGAAAUUAGACUAUUGCAGCACUUUUCCAUGGAAGAGUGUUUUAACACACUUUACAGUGACGGUUAUGACAGCAUUUCGGUUGCUUCUUGUAAUGCCUGCGUCAUAUUCCACCCAGAUCAGAUGAUCCCGCGAUUUGUUGUUAGCAUCUAUGCUCCAAACAAAAUCCGUCAGCCAAAUAACCCCACCAUGACACCUGCAGUGGAGCCUCCGGCCAUGACAUCUUAUCCAAUGAAAAAAGGGGGGAAAUUAGGUAAGGAACUGCAACCAACACCAACAACGGUAGGAAUAAAGCCGAAUGCUUCAAAUACACCCCCAAAACCAUCUUCCGUCAUCUCAUUGGAUGCAAUCAAUUGCCAGAAACAUUCGGGAAAGGAGGUGGAAUUUUGGUGCCCAGAGGAGAAGAGGCUGUUAUGCAGUCAUUGCCUUUUUUAUGAUGGAUACAGCAAUAGUAAUUGCCUACUGGUGGCUGAGGCAGUUCGAAUGGAGGCGCCAGGACUCGAACGUUGGGUUCAAAAUGCGGAAACCUUUACGAAAGAGAUUGAUUCCGUUAACAAUCUUUUUCGCUCCGCAGAACGAGAUAUAGAUACAUGCGAAAAAGAACGGAAAGAAGAAUUGUGUGAGCAUUUUAAACGUGUACGUGCAAAGUUGAAUGUGUUGGAGGAAGAACUUACCUCACAAAUUGAAAAGAGGAGUGAAGAGCAGCGACGGUCCCUGCGGAAUUCUUUGGCAGAAGUUCAGGCUACCGUGGAAAAGGUAAAUCGUCUUAUUGGUGAAGCUGCAAAACCACUUUUAAAUUAUCGUGCUGGAAAUAUAGACCACAGGAAUGCAGUGGACCUUUUGAAUGUGACACAGUCAGUGUUUGACAACUGGCGUGCAGUGAAUAUUCCCAUGUACUCCGUCGUCAUUGGUUGGGACAGAGACAUUUUUAACGAAUUAGAGGGCGCAUUGCAGCCCACUUUGGCCACUGAGAGCGAGGGACAAGUAGAGUUGCCGGAAGCUAUAGAUGUCAAUUACCUUAAAAAUUAA